ACAGGUACCACCAAAACAACGCUGCUGGCAGGGAAACCUUUCAAUAUUACCUGGCACAUUGCGUACCCACAAAAGGGAGGAUUUCGACUUCAGUUGCUGGACAAAUUAGAGAGACCUGUAUUGGAUUUGACUCCUGUCACUUCAAAGUCCGAAUAUGUGACAACAGAUGCAAUAUCUCAACACUAUACUGUAUCAAUUCCAUCGGAUUAUGAAUGUGAAGAUUGUACCAUAAGAUUAUUAAAAGAAGCCAAACAAAGAUCAAGUAGUAAUCUUUUCUGGUCUUGUGCAGAUGUUGAUAUUAAAACAAGAAAAACAUACAAAGAAGACUGCAGUGGUCAUGGCCCAUAUUUACUUUCAAAAUGUCGUUGUAAUAGACUUUAUUAUGGGCCAAGAUGUCAAUACAGAGAUGAAUGUGCUGAUCACACAGAUUGCGGAGACAGAGGACGCUGUGUUGACAUACAAUCUACAACAGCACCUAGAAAACAAUGCUAUUGUGAAUUGGGUUGGUUUGAAACAGCUUGCAAAAAAAGGUCUACAAUAAGAAAUGAAAUAGAUUUUUCCAAUUAUAUGCAUCGGGAACUUAGUCCAACAUUCCAACUUUAUUGGCGUAUACUAACUGAAGAACAGGAAAUUGAAAUUGCUUUAGUCGCUAACAGUACUUCAUAUCUUGGAAUUGGCUGGAGACCAAGUAAUACCACUCUAAUUUGUAAAAAUUUCCCUGCCAUUAACUAUACCAAGGAAGAUAACAUGGAAUCAACAAAUGAAAAUAGUGUAAAAUUAGAAACCAAAAAUACACCGCAACUUGAACAGAAUAUACAGCUAAUGAGUAAUACUAGCAAAGUCUCUGAACCUCAAGCUGAAUCAGAAGCUACUUCAACUGUUAGUUCUACAUUCCAAACGGGUGUAAGAAGGCCAUUCCGUCCUCAUAGAACUGUUUCUUCCAGAGCAACAAAAGAUCAAGAUGCACCUGGAUCUGAUUUUCAACCAGAGAUUUCAUCUGUUACUAGUGUAUCUUACAGGGUGACUUCUGUUCAAGGAACUCAUAGAAGCAAAAGAGAAACUAGUGCUACAGAAGGAAACUCAAAAGAAGAAAAUCCUCAGGCUUCUCAGCCAAAUUUAGAACAAGAACCUGAUAAUCUACCAAAAUCUGUUCCUGAAAUUAAACCUGUCACUGAAUCAUCACUCAGUUCUACUUUAGAAAUGGAUACAGAACAUAAACUUCGUGAUGUACCUGAAUUGAAAUCUAGUACUGAAUCAGAAUCUAAACCAGAGGAAAAAUUAAAUUCCAUUCCCAAGCUUGAACCAAGUUCCAAAACUGACACCAGUAUUCAGGAAAGUAAUGAUGAAAAAGAUAUGUUCUCAAAAUAUGCAACACAAAAUGGUUUUAGUCCCAUGGAUUGUACAGAUAUGGUAAUAGGAACAGCAAGAGGAAAUGCGUUUCGAAUUUGGGAUUAUUAUACCAGGGACAUGUCAACACCAAAACUUGAUACGUAUUGGGGCGGAAAAAAUGACUUGACAGCAGCCAUGGGUUUUGAAAAGGAUGGUGUUACUACUAUAGUUUUCAGAAAAAAAUUAAAAGCAACUGAAAUGACCGAUCACUCAAUAGAAAAUUCACUUAUGCAUGUUAUUUGGGCCAAAGGACAGGACCAAAAUCAUUAUGGUCAUGAUCCUAAACUAACAGGAUCAGACCAUGCUGAUAUUCCAAUGAAAAAUUUUUAUAAUGAAGAUGAAUUAAAAUAUCAUGGCCAUGGAGGUCAAAGAGGUGUUGCAUCAAUUAAUUUUUUUGAACAAGCAGAAAUUUCGUCAGUAAAUCAAGGAGAAACUCCAACAACUUUAAGUUUUUGUCAGGGAGAGUGGUCUUACCCAAAAGGUUGUGAUCUUAAAAAGCGAGAAUGUGAAUAUCAUGCAACUUGGCAUUACAUUGGCAGUAAAGGACAUAUUGAGUUUUCAAUAUCCACCAAAAACACACAACUUUGGACAGGAAUAGCUUUUUCAAAGGAUCACAAGAUGGCACAAACAGAUGCAAUCAUUGGUUGGGUUGAUAAAUCUGGACGUCCUUUCAUGAUGGACACAUGGAUUGUUGGACAAACUGCACCAUUUCUUGAUGAAUCCCAAGAUAUAUUUAAUAUUACUGGUAAAACUAAUGAUGGUGUAACAACUCUUACUUUUUUAAGAAAAAGAGACACAGGAGAUACUAAGAAGGAUUUUGCAUUUACGGAUGACAACUGUCUUUAUAUGAUGUUUCCAGUAAAAGGUGGUGAUUAUAAUCCUGUAAACAAAAAAAUUAGGAAACAUAAAACUAUUCCAAGUUUUUCAUCUGCUAAAGUUUGUAUUAAAUCUUGUUCUGAGGGUGAAGAACCUACUACACCUCCUCCCCCACCACAUGUGAAUUAUAAUAUUGAGAUAAAAUUAGUUAAUUUAGGACAAAAUUAUAAAGCACCUCGUCCAAACACAGAUGACUUUGAUAUCCUAUCUAAUACCAUAUCAUCAGGCUUGAAAAAUAAGAUAUCAGGAUUUAGAAAUCUGAAGAUAAUAGAAUUCAAACAAGAAAAAGACAAUAUAAUUGCUGAAAUGGAUUUAGAAGUAGAUCAAGAACAAAAUGAACGAGGGCGCUCAUUAGAGGAAUCUGAUUCAAAAAUAAAAGAAGUAGUACAAAAUAUAGUUUCUUCUGGAAAAGUUGGAUCGCUUACCUUAGAUCCUUCUUAUUUUCUUUUUCAACCUGUUCAAACUUCGUGGACUGUAAAUAAUGAAGAUAUGCAAAAGACAACCCUAUUAUCUGUUACAAAGUUAUGGGUUGUGAUUGGAUGUAUAAUAGCUCUGUUAGUAGUUGCAGUGAUGCAGGCAGGAUGCACAAUAUAUAAAACAAUGCAUUCAACUGGAUCAAAACAUAAGGAUGCAUUAACAUUCAAUUCAGCAUGGAAAGACUAUUCAACAGCUAAUACUAAUUAUGCUUUUGAGCCUUUUGAAUCAGAUGAAAAACAGCCCCAUUCUUUAGGCCAAAGUAAUGGUUCAUCCAGAUCAACUAUGCCAUUGCAUAAACCAAUAAGUGCCCACCCCAUGGUAGCAUACCAUGCUAAUGGUAGUCAAUAUGCUGAUACCAGGUCAUUGCAGAGACCUAAAGGUUAUCAUCAUUCAAUAGAGCGUAGUACAUAUUCGCUACCCAGAACUCAACCGCAACCUCCACCUCCUCAAGGUUACUAUACUCAUCGAGCUGCUAGGAAUAAUGGUGACCAAUUACAACCUGACUUCUACUUUAUGCCAUCUCAAAGAAAAUAUUCAGGUGAAGUUGUUAGAGUAUAUGUAGAUUAUAAUAAUCCUCGUAAGUAG